AUGAGAUACAGACCUUUUACAGAAGAUCAUGCCACCUACAUUGCUAAUCCAUUGAUCUUUUUGUUGAACCUGGCUGUGGAUGAACAGAAAGGGAAAAUUACCGAAAAAGUCAUUCUUUCAAUGACAGCAAAGGAACACCAUAAGGCACAAGAAGAAGUGAACAGGCUGAUUGAUGAAUUGCAGACAGCUAUCAAAAGCAACAGAGGUCAUCUCUCUAAACUUGGCCCCCAAUUACAGGCUGAGCAGGAGCAAUUCUCCUCUUAUGUCUACGAACACAUUAAAAGCCUUCCAGCAAACACUCUUAUCCCAGGAGGCCUGCAGCUCAAGAUAUUUGAAAAUGGUAAAGACACUGGAGAGAUCUCUGUUUGUAUCAGUGAAAAAGAUCUGGGGCCCAAUAGCCCAAUUCAAACUGGCUAUAUGAUGGAAAGAUUACUUUUCAAGAUUCAUCGAAGACUUCAAGGUUCUUCCAUCAACCCACCAGGCCUCAAUUUUUCUUCAAUCCGGCUUUUCGACGAGCACGGUCAAGAAAUUAAGAAUCCACUUUCGCUGAAGAAUGGGCAAAAAAUUUGGGUCUCUUAUGGUAAAGCAUACAGAUCUCCACUAAACCCUGUUUUGGGUUUGACCUUUGACCAGGUGACUGCAUUUGCCAGAGGUGGCAUUACAGUCGCAUAUAAAACCUUCUUGGAUCCUAAUGCUGUUCUGCUACUGGGAUGUGACAGUUGGGAAGUUUGUGAGGGAUUUCCAAUUAAUUUCAAUGGCAUCAGUCAACAGAUACCUGAUCAAUUUGAAAAGGUGGACUUGGAGAACCAUUUCCUACAGAACAAGGUGAACCCCAAUAUUGUCCUUCAUGCCUCUGUUUCCAUCAGAAAGCGGAAUUUCUCAAGUGGUGAAGAGAGCAGUGGGACUCACAUAGCACCAUCCACCCUGUGGCCUGCAGCCAGUGUGUGGCUGAUCACAAAGACUGGAAUGAUCCUGAGCCGAGCGAUAACUCAGGGCUGCCUAGCUAUUGGUCAUCCAGUCAGAGUCAAGGCCACUGAGGGAACAUCACUAGAAGGAUACAAGUUAAUCCUACAGAAAAGACAUAAAGGAGAUGAUUCUCAGAAGUGGGUGUUUGGAACUGACGGUUGCAUUUAUUCUAAGGCUUAUCCUCAGUUUGUCCUGACCUACCUAGAGGAGCUAAACGCACAUGACGUGACCCAGACAGAGUAUCACCUUCACCAUGGUGCCUGGACCACAGCUCAUCAGGAACAUGGCAGCAGCUUGGCAGAAGAGGUUCUGCAAAAAAGUGCCAGUAUCCCUGGUCUGAAGCAGCUGCCAGAGCCUUCAGAGACCCACUUAAUGCCAGAAGGUUCUCUUGGGGAGACAGGGGAGCUGACAGUGGCUCUGGUGAAGAAACUGGAAGAGAAACAUCCUAAGGCUUCUGCUCAGAGGUAG